AUGGAACUGCCUGGGAUGUCGGUAGUUCAUGACUAUGCUAUUUUGUACUCAAACAGGAUCACUCAAAAAGAUAAAAGGUGGACCGAUGGGAGGCUCCGUUUCUAUGAACUCAAUAGUAAGAUAGAGGUCUACUCCGAAGAACAGUUUUUAGUGGCCUCUGAUUUCUAUCCUUCAACCAAGAAGCUGCCCUUGGAGACAGGUGCUUUUGAGGAAGGAACAGGAUAUACAUUGCCAAGUGGAAAGUUAGUUGUGUCGUUUCAAGAGUAUUUGGGUUGUUCUGUACGCGACGUUUCGAAGAUCUUCAAGAAGGCCUCUACGAGGAAUAGGGACUCCAACGAGGCUUCAACCAACGCAGCAUUUGUCAAAAGCGAAACUCCAGUGAAGCUAGAAGAUGUCAGGUUUACAGGAAGUUUUUUGGAGGGCUCUGUGCCCAUGCCUGAGGAAUUAAGAGCACUUACCACUGAACCAAAGGUCUCAUCUUCAAUUGCCCCAACGCCAUCCAAAAGAAGAGUUGGUCUCAGCAAGACAAGGUCAACACGUAAAAAGCAAAGUGAUCUCAUGUCAUUCUCAAGUGGCCCAUCUGUGAGCGAUCGUUUACGAAUGUAUGCUCCAGGAAGGCUACCAAAAAUCCGAAGAAUCUAUCCACGCAGCUCAAAUCUAUAUAGGCGACUUUACAAAGAGCUUGCAGUGGGUGAGACCGUUGAGUCUGAUUCGUUGAUUAAAGUCCCCCAUGCUGGCCUAACGCAAGUCAAGCAGGAAUUCAGUCAUUAG